GAAUUGGACAGAGCGCAGUCUUUCGCAGUCUUUCGCUUUACAAAAUCUCCAUCCAUGCUGCGACUGGGCAACCGUGUUGCUUCCGCUGCACUUGCGGCUGCGACAGUGUUGCUCGCCAUCGCGACCAUUGCGCAUGCCGAUGGCACUGUGGUCAUCCAGACCAAGAGCGGCCCGGUCAAAGGCAAUGUGCACUCGAACGGCGUCACCAGUUUCCACGGCAUCCCAUUCGCAGAGCCGCCGCUCGGCGAGCUUCGCUUUGCAUCGCCACUGGCAUUGCAACGCAACUGGACGGAUCCGAUCGACUGCACAUCUAAUACAACCACGCUCAUGUGCCCGCAAAUCCGCCUCGACAUCUUUGACAUCAUGGGCCAAGAAGACUGUCUGUACCUCGACAUUUACAUGCCACCCGGGGCCCAGGCUUCUGCGACUCAGCUGCCAGUGAUGUUUUGGAUCUACGGAGGCGGAUACGCCUUCGGUGACAAGUUUGAGCUGGGCCUGUACAAUGGAAUCAACAUGUCUUACAAUAACAAUGUGAUUAUUGUCGCAGCAAACUACCGCGUGAACGUGUUUGGCUUCCUCGCGAACAGCAUCCUGCAAGCGACCGACCCGCAACACUCGACGGGCAACUUUGGUCUGCUGGAUCAGCGUUUGGCCUUGCAGUGGACGCGCGCAAACAUUGCCAAUUUCAACGGCAACAAGGACCAAAUCACCAUCUUUGGCGAGAGCGCAGGCGCCUUUUCGGUCUGCUUCCACCUGGCGUCGCCUGCCUCGCGUGGUCUGUUUGCCUCUGCAAUCAUGGAGUCGGGCACUUGCUCCAACACAUUCUUUUUCCAGACGCUCGACUUUGCGGAAUCGUUUGGCGAGAUUUACACUGCCACGUUUGGUUGCAACGCGACGCAGCAAACUGCUGCCGAAUAUCUCAAGUGCUUGCGCACUACCCCAGCCACCGAUAUCAUGACUGGUCUUUUGUCCUGGUUUGGCCCGGAUUGGCCCAACCACAUCAACUUCCCGCCAACCUCCUUCGAGGGGGCCAACCAAGCUCCUCGCGCCCUCGGAAUCCUGCCCACGCUUGCACCAAUCUUCCCGUGGGGCCCAGUCAUGGACGGCUCUGACAACGGUCUGCCCGACCUGCCGUUGAGCAUGAUGACGCGCGGUGAUUUCGCCAAGGUGCCGCUCAUCAUUGGCACCAAUGCGAACGAAGGCGUCAUUUUCGUGCCCUUCGCUCCCAUCAUUGAGCACGGCGUGCCAUUCCCGCUCACCGAUGCGGGAUUCCAAGAAAUCAUGCUCCACUUUUUCAACGAGACAACCGCCGACCAGGCCGAGGCCAUGUACCCCAAGAGCGAUUACACGAGCAACGACCAACGCGCGACGCGCAUUCUGACCGAUUUCUUCUUCUCCUGCGACGCCCGGCGCAUUGCGCGCACGUUCAGCGACUACAACGUGUCCGUCCACUUGUAUCAGUACGUGUACAAGGACAAUUUCAUUGACGGAUGGCUCCUGGGCGAUUACCACGCUUCCGAGCUGUACUUUGUCUGGGACAACCAAGUCCCUGCCGACAUUCACAAGUUUAACGCAAAGGACUCCCAGAUGGCCUCCACGUUUGGCACCUAUUGGACCAACAUGCCCAAGGUUGGCUCGCCCAACGCCAAGUGGAACAAUGCCACGUACAAUCCCGACUGGCCGGCAUUCACGCGCGCCAACGACAUCCAUCUUGCUCUUGACGUCCCGCCGUCCACGGGCACGCAGCUGCUGCAGCAAAAGUGCGAUUUCUGGGACACUGUUCAAGGUUUCUCUGUCGCGCAUUAAUAAUCUGGCAGGCGAUUUGUGUUGAUGUUUUUGUUGUGAAUAGAUCAAGCUGUUGAUUUUGAUAUUCAACUUUUUUUUCUUUGCAAAUAUUGCACAACUGUGAAGUGAUCGAGUUCGAUAAAC